AUCAACAGCCGCCAUCUUGUCGCGGAUGAGCGUCAGGAUUUCGGGAGAGCAUUAUCUCAUUUUUUACGCUACCUGCUCCAUCGGAACCGGCCCAAAUAGCUUCCCAGCGACGAAAACGACAAGCUUCGGGCCAAAUCGCGGAUCUUUGUGGCGAAUAUCAGCGUAAUGGAGCCGUUUUUGUGGUCGGCUGGAAAACCCCCGUAUAUCUGAUUUCCCCCUUCAGCGCGAGCGGCGCUCCUGUGCCACUCGCUUAUAUUAAAAAAAUAAUAUUUUUUUCUCAUUUUUCAUUUAUAUUGCUGGACUUUACUCAUUAUUCGAUUCGGGCUGGACAUGGAGCAUGAAGGUCUUUAUUUUUAUUCGCAGAAAAUAGCAUUUUUGAAGAGACCCACGCGAACCACCUAAAGGAAUCGAGAUUUUUCGCCCUCGUCGUGUAUUUCUCGGUUUUAACGAUGAUAUAAUUUAUUUUUGCGGGGUUCGGGGCGAUCAUUAAGGUUAAUUAUGCGGGUUUUGGGUGUUGGAUUAUCAUGGGGUGAAUGGCGAUGGCGGGGCGGGGCGCUGUUGAGUCGCGUUUGAGCCCCAUCUGUUAAUUAUUGGCUCCUGAUCGCUGAAUAAUAAUAGAAAAACCCGAGGGUUGAUUUGAUUUAUUUCGCUUUGUCCCCCUUCCGGGCUCUUGGAAGACGCAUUUAUUGCUUUGACGUGUAUUUUUGUGAAGCGAGAGAGAGAGCACGAUGGCUGACAAUCUACUGGAUAUGGGUCCUCCCAACGCAAAGCGGCCCAAACUGAACUCACCUGCGCUGUCCUCGUCCGACACUCCAGACUUUGUGUCCUUGUUCGACUUGGAAAACGAUCUUCCAGAUGAGCUGAUACCCAACGGAGACCUGGGGCUGAUGCCCAUGCCCUCGAAUGGAGAUGGAGGCCGGAUGGGGGGCACUAUCCCGGAUGCUGCUGCCAAGCACAGGCAACUGUCUCAGCUCCUGCAGGCAGGGAGCGGCUCUGGUCUGGGUGGAAACCUCAGCCCUCAGUCUGGAAUGGGUGGACAACUGGGUGCCUUGGGGAAGAGUCCCAUGGGCCAGGGCUCACCCGGUCACCAAACCCAACCUUCAAAGCAAGGCACCCCUACCGGUCAGGGCAACAAUAGUCCGGGUAUGGGCCUCAAUGCUGGUUUCAACCAGGCCAUGAUGAACAAUAACAACCAGGCUCAUGGACUCAUGGGGCAGAACAUGGCUCAGCAGGGGCAGAUGAUGAAUGGUGUUAUGGGGCAGGCUGGAAGAGGCAGGGCAGCUCCGGGUAUGCAGUACCAGGGUCAGGGUAUGCAAGGAACACCGGUGGGAGCAGGUGCCGGGCCGGGGGUCAGCGUUUCUGGCAGCGUAUUGGCGGAGACGCUUACCCAGGGUUCACCACAGAUGGGGGCACACAAUGCCAUGAAUGCCCAGCAAGCGGGAAACAUGAACAAGUGGCUCACUGCGCCUCCUCUAGACAGAUCAUCUCGCACUGGAAGAACUGCACCCGGCACGACUGCCCCGUCUGUCUGCCCCUGAAGAACGCCAGCGACAAGAGAAACCAGCAGCCAAUGCUGAGCUCCCCGAACACUGGCAUGCAGGCUCCGCUGGGCCCCGUGGGCACGAGUCAACCCGCUGCGCCCGCCAUCAGCAGCGGCACGCACAUAGACCCCAGCUCCAUGCAGAGGGCGUACGCAGCACUCGGGCUCCCGUACGGGAACCAGCCGGCUGCGCAGACGCAGGUCGCAGGACAGCAGCCCACGCAGACCCAGCAGCAGCAGAUGCGCUCCAUGACUGCUUUAGGCACUAACCAGAUGAACAUCGGCGGUAACGGUAUGGCCGAUCAGACGAACCUUCACACUGAUUCCUCUCUCCCCUCAUCCCUCAACAGCAAUCAGAUGAUGUCAGACGGGUCUAACAUGGGCGGCGCUGGGAACCUGCCCACAGCUGCACCGCUGUCAAUGCCCGGCAUGAAGAAGCCCUGGCACGAGCACGUCACUCAGGACUUGAGGAAUCACCUAGUGCACAAACUGGCUCUGGCGGAGCGUUUACCAGUCGCACAGCAGACGGGAAGCGCCGCGCUGCGGACAUCUCAAAGAGUUCAAGCCAUAUUCCCGACGCCUGACCCUGCAGCACUGAAGGACCGACGCAUGGACAACUUGGUCGCUUACGCGCGUAAGGUUGAAGGGGACAUGUAUGAGUCGGCCAACAGCAGGGAUGAGUAUUACCACUUUCUGGCUGAGAAGAUCUAUAAGAUCCAGAAGGAGCUGGAGGAGAAGAGAAAGUCCAGGCUGUCGAAGCCACAAAUGGGCGCUCAGGGUCCUCAGCAGCCUGGCCUUCCCCAGCCCAACGCUAUGGGUCCUGCACAAGCCAUCCGGCCACCAAAUGGACCUGUCCCUAUGUCCAAUGUGCCAAAUCAGUUGAUGGCCCGGAUGCAGGUCCCUCAAGGAAUGGGCCAGUUCAACCCCGUGACCAUGCAGAACGUGCAGAUGUCCCAGUCGCCGGUGGGAGCUCCUCGCGCAGCAUCCCCUAUGACUCACCCCCCUCAGAUGGGCAUGGGUAACGUUCCAGCGAUGGGUAUGUCUCCCUCCAGGAUGCAGCAAGCAACAACCAUGAUGGCAGGCCAUGCUAACAAUAUGGUGGGCCAGCCGCCCAACCAGAACCAGUUCAUGAACCAGACGCCCUUCCCAUCAUCAGCCGGGGGCAUGAAUGUGAAUGUAAACCUUGCCCAACAGUCAGGACAGUCUGUCCCACAGCAGCAACAGAACGCUAACAUGACCCUGAAUGCUGUGGGCUCUCUCGGCCCCCCGUCCGCCCUGUGCUCCACCCCUCCUCCACCCUCCACCCCAUCAGCAGCUGCUAGCCUACAGCCACUCCAGACCCAGCCUUCCACGCCGGCCUCCGCCGGAGGCCACGUCACGCCCACCCACAUCCCCAGCGGCUUGCCCCGCCCUCCCUCAGUCCUGGGCUCCUCCCCUGCCCCCUCCCAGCCGCUCACGCCCCUGCAGUCCCAGCCUGAGCCCCCCCUGCAGAUGCAGCAGCCCACCUCUGUGCAAGCCCAGCAGCCCAGCACUCCGCUCUCUCAAAUGGCCGCUAGCGUUGAUAAUAGAGUUCCCACGCCCGCGUCUGUGGCUGAGACCCACUCCCAGCAAGCUUUGCCCGACUACCCUGCUGCUGAGCCCAAAGUUGAGCAUCAAGAUGACGAGCAGGGCUUUGAAUCUGGGAAAAAGCAGCCUGAUCUCAAGAUGGAGGAUGAAGAUGUCAAACCUCUACAAGUAAAGGAGGAGCCAGAGACUGUAGAACCCAAACAGGAAACAAUGGAGACGGAGGACAAGAAACCAGAGGCAAAAACCGAACCAAAAGAGGAGGACGUGUCCAGCACCAACAACAACGCACCAUCCAGUCAAUCCGCCCAGUCACGCAAGAAAAUUUUCAAACCAGAGGAGCUCAGACAGGCGUUGAUGCCUACCUUAGAAGCGCUGUAUCGUCAAGACCCGGAGUCCUUGCCCUUCCGCCAGCCCGUGGACCCAAAUCUACUGGGCAUCCCGGACUACUUUGACAUUGUAAAGAACCCGAUUGACCUUUCCACCAUCAAGAGGAAGCUGGACACUGGGCAGUACCAGGAACCCUGGCAGUAUGUUGACGACAUCUGGCUGAUGUUCAACAACGCCUGGCUCUACAACCGCAAAACAUCUCGAGUGUACAAGUACUGCUCGAAGCUGGCCGAGGUGUUCGAGCAGGAGAUUGACCCCGUCAUGCAGGGUCUGGGUUACUGCUGCGGGCGCAAGUACGAGUUUUCACCUCAGACGCUUUGCUGCUACGGCAAACAGCUCUGCACUAUCUCCAGAGACGGCACAUAUUACAGCUACCAAAACAGUUCACCCAAAUAUGGCCUUGUUGCCGACAGGUAUCACUUCUGCGAGAAGUGCUUCAACGAGAUCCAGGGCGACAGUGUCACCCUGGGAGACGACCCAGCGCAGCCGCAGACUAUGAUAUCAAAGGAGCAGUUCGAGAAGAAGAAAAAUGACAUGUUGGACUCUGAGCCCUUUGUUGAAUGUAAAGACUGUGGCAGGAAGAUGCAUCAAAUCUGUGCACUGCAUUACGACAUCAUCUGGCCAACCGGUUUCAUCUGUGACAACUGCAUGAAGAAAUCAGGAAAAACGAGAAAGGAAAACAAGUUCUCUGCUAAAAGGUUACAAACCACGAGGCUAGGAUCGUACAUCGAGGACCGAGUGAAUAAGUACUUGAAAAGGCAGAAUCACCCCGAGGCCGGAGAGGUGUUUGUACGGGUGGUCGCGAGCUCUGAAAAGACCGUGGAGGUCAAACCUGGGAUGAAAUCCAGGUUUGUUGACUCAGGAGAGAUGUGCGAAAGCUUUCCCUACAGAACCAAAGCACUUUUUGCAUUUGAGGAGAUUGAUGGAGUGGAUGUGUGUUUCUUUGGCAUGCAUGUCCAGGAAUAUGGAUCUGAAUGUCCCUUUCCUAACACCAGGCGGGUAUACAUAUCGUAUCUUGACAGUAUUCACUUCUUCAAGCCUCGGUUGCUAAGAACUGCAGUUUACCAUGAAAUCCUCAUUGGCUAUUUGGAGUAUGUUAAGAAACUUGGAUAUGUGACAGGUCAUAUCUGGGCCUGCCCACCUAGUGAAGGCGAUGACUACAUCUUCCACUGUCACCCUCCUGAUCAGAAGAUUCCCAAGCCUAAAAGACUCCAGGAGUGGUACCGCAAAAUGCUGGACAAAGCAUUUGCAGAAAGAAUCAUUCAUGACUAUAAGGACAUAUUUAAGCAGGCCACUGAGGACCGGCUUACAAGUGCCAAUGAGCUACCCUAUUUCGAAGGUGAUUUUUGGCCCAAUGUUCUAGAGGAAAGCAUCAAAGAGUUGGAACAAGAGGAGGAGGAAAGGAAGAAGGAGGAGAAUACAGCCUCCUCUGAGACAGUAGAGGGAACCCAAGCUGACAGCAAGAACGCCAAAAAGAAGAACAAUAAAAAGACCAACAAAAACAAGAGCAGCGUGAGCCGCGCCAACAAAAAGAAGCCUGGGAUGCCGAAUGUAGCUAAUGAUCUGUCCCAGAAGCUAUAUGCAACAAUGGAGAAGCACAAAGAGGUCUUCUUUGUUAUCCACCUCCAUGCUGGUCCAGUGGUCAACACCCUUCCUCCAAUCAUGGACCCUGACCCGCCGCUGACCUGCGAUCUGAUGGACGGCCGUGAUGCCUUCCUGACGCUGGCCAGGGAUAAGCACUGGGAGUUCAGUUCCCUGCGCCGCUGCAAAUGGAGCAGUAUGUGCAUGCUGGUGGAGCUACACAACCAGGGCCAAGACCGAUUUGUGUACACCUGCAACGAAUGCCAGCAUCACGUAGAGACACGCUGGCAUUGCACCGUUUGCGUGGACUUUGACCUAUGCAUUAACUGCUACAACUCCAAGGGCCACGAGCACCAAAUGGUGAAGUGGGGAUUGGGCCUGGACGACGACAGCAACAACCAGGGCGGCGAGGCCAACAAGAGCCCACAGGAGAGUCGACGCCUCAGCAUCCAACGCUGCAUUCAGUCGCUGGUGCAUGCCUGCCAGUGCCGCAACGCCAACUGUUCUCUGCCGUCUUGUCAGAAGAUGAAGAGAGUGGUGCAGCACACCAAGGGCUGCAAGCGCAAGACCAACGGAGGCUGCCCUGUUUGCAAGCAACUCAUCGCAUUGUGCUGCUACCAUGCCAAGCACUGCCAGGAGAACAAGUGUCCCGUGCCCUUCUGUCUAAAUAUCAAGCACAAGCUGCGACAGCAGCAGAUUCAGCAGCGACUGCAGCAGGCGCAGAUGAUGCGGCGGCGUAUGGCGCUAAUGCAGGGCCGAGGAAUGCCUCCGAGUCUGCCCUCCCCAACUACCUCAGGAGGUCCGGGGACGCCCAACUCUCAGCAGCUGCAGCAGCCUAACACACCUCAGACCUCGCAGUCUUUAGCCAACCAGCCCCAACAGACGCAUCCAAAUGUGGCUGCAAUGGUGCAAGGCUUCCCCAGCCAACCACAGACACCAGGACCCCAGGGUAAACCGCAGUCCUCGCCCCUGCAACAACAGCAGCAGCAACAGUCUCCCCUGCCCAUGCCUCCUCAACAACAGCCGCAGCCCUCUCCGCAGCAGCAGCAGGCUUUGAAAGUUGCGCAACAAAUAGAGAUGAUGACCAAAGUUAAGCAGCAGCAGCAGCAACAACAACAGCAGCAACAACAGCAGCAGCAGCAGCAAGACUAUAGAAUGAAUAUGAACGGCAUGCAGAUGAACCAACCUCGCAUGAUGACUCCCAUGCAGAUGAUGGGCCCCCGUGGUCCUCAGAUGGUUCAGAACAUGCAACCUGGCCAGUGGCCACCUGGGAUGCAAGGGUCCAUGCAGAAUCCGCAGGCGCCUCCAACGCAGCAAGUGCCCCCGCAGCAAAUGGCCAUGGCUCCACAGCAGUCUCAGGUUGCGCAGACGCCCCAACAGGCGCAAAUGAUGCAGCGCGCCUUGAUGCAGCAGCAGCAGGCGCAGCAACAACAGCAGCAGCCGAGGCAAAUGCAGGCCGUCAUGCCUCCCCAGCAGGCGCAACCACAGGCCCCUCAGCAACAGGGCAUGCAGCAAAGAGGUGUGACCAGCAGCAUCGCUCCAGGAGCGCUGCAGGACCUUCUGCGCACGUUAAAAUCCCCAAGCUCCCCUCAGCAGCAGCAGCAGGUCCUCAAUAUCCUCAAGUCGAACCCGCAUCUCAUGGCCGCGUUCAUCAAACAGCGCACGGCGAAAUACCAAGCCAGCCAACCGCAGCAGCAGAACCCGCAGGCCAUGCUCGCAGGGCAGCCGGGAAUGCAGAACAUGGCUGCGAUGCAGGCCGGCCCCGUGCAGAGACCCGUCAUGCCCCCCCAGCAGGCGCAGCCGGCCCCGACCCAAUCCAUGGCGGCCCUCGGGCCCCAGGGACAAAUGAUGAACGCUGCGCACAACGGGAACCAGCUGUUCCGCCGGCAGCUAAUUCGUCAGAUGCAGCACCAGCAACUCCAGGGGACGCUCCCUACCGGACAGGGGAGAUUCCCGCAGCCUCAAGGCGCAGCUAGUUACUCGCAAAUCCGCAUGCAGCAGCAGAUGGCCAUGCAGGGCGGCGGAGGGCAAAUGCAACCCAUGGCUCAGAUGGGCCAGCCUGGCAUGAGUAUGGACGCCCAGCAGAAUAUGCUGCAACAGCGCCUACUACAGCAGCAGCAGCAGCAACAGUUGCUGAAGCAGCAAAUGGGCUCGCCGGCACAGGCCGCUUCCAUGAGUCCCCAAUCACACAUGCUUGCAGGACAGGCGCAGGGAGCCCACCUGCCCGGACAGGCCAUGGCUAACGCGCUGGGCAACCAGGUGAGGUCGCCUGCCCCCGUGCAAUCGCCCCGUCCCCCUUCCCAACAGCCGCCACAUUCCAGCCCGUCCCCUCGCAUGCAGCCCCAGCCCUCGCCCCUACACCCCAGCCUGACGGGACCCAUGCCGGGCCCCAUGGACCAGGCCCACCUGUGCACACCUGAACAGAGUGCAAUGCUUCCGCAGCUGAACACGCCAAACCGUGGAGGGCUUUCCAACGACUUGAGCAUGGACACCACGGGCGACACGCUAGAGAAGUUCGUCGAGGGAUUGUAGCAUUAAGAGACGUUCUUUUUCGCGCAGAGAAAAGGUUUGUUUUUGUAAGACGACAAAAUGACAAGACUGUAAUAGGUUUACACAACCAAUGGACUGCUUUUCCUUCCUUAUCGGAGGGACUGAAUUUACUGUUUAAAGAGCAGAAUCACAAAGGGGAUUUUUUUCUAGGAGGGGAUGUCGGACCGGACGAAAUUCAAUCCUGGUCUACAAGGAGCUACAUUUUUAAUUGUUUCGUUUUUUUUUUUUUUUCGUUUUUUUUUUCCGUUGUUUUCGGGGAGGGGGUUAUUUUGAGCUUAUGGACUUUUUAAAUGGAAUUUCUCAAGGCAAAAUAUUUGAUUUUAUUAUUGAAGACUUUCAUUUUUGUAUGUUUGCAAGCUGAAAUGCAUUUCUUUUUUUUUUUUGUUGUGAGUGUGUGCGCGUGUUUAGGGACUAAGAUAAUUGGUGUGGAAUCAGGAUCAAUCCUCAUUCCUGUCUGAUACGUAUUCACAUUUACCAGGUUUGGAAAAGGACAGCCUUUUUCUCUCCAAACUGUGGAGUUUGUACAGAGGACCUGUAUUCAUUUGUACAGAAAGGAGCUUGGCUACUGCACACACAAACACACACACACACACGAACGAACGAACGAACGAAAACACAAACACGCGAGCAAAUUGUGAAAGUUGCUCUUAUUUUUCAAGGUGCCCAGAUGCGUUUAUUUAUUGGCCUGGAUUCAGUAGUUGUCUCUCUUAAGAUGUAGGAAGAUGUUCCUGUUUUCUCGUUUGAUCUCUGAAACAUCGAUGAUGUCCCCUCCCCCUCGCGUAUGAGGCCGGAGCUUCGUCCGACUGCUGAUUUGUUCAAAGAGUUCUUCAGUCAACCUCUUGUUUUUUUUCUCCUCAUGAAACUUGAAUUGAAGGUGAACGAUUCUUUAAUGUAAAUCAUGCAGCUUGAUGACAUACUGUAAAUAAAAGGAAAAAAGAUUGAGAUCGCUGUAUAAACUGGUUAAGAUCUUGUUUCGUACUUAUAUACCAUAUUGUUAAAUAAACUGUGUGCAACAGACACAAUGCUUCUGA